CUUUAUUUCCCACAGAGCCCCGCGGCGAGGGAAGAUGGCGGCGAGCAGCGGGGCCGAGGCGAGCGGGACGGCGGGGCCGGUGUCGUUCGGCUUCAGCCGGAAGGCGGAGAGGCGGCGGGUGCUGGAGGCCGGGCCUUGUGCCGAGCCCGGCGGCGACGCCGGCCCCGACACCGAUUUCCUCACGGCGGUGGAGGACCGGGAGCUGCUCAGCGCCAGGCCGGCCCCGCCCCCUCCGAAGGAGCUGGUGAUCCCGCUGCUCCCGUCCCACCGCUGGAGGAACCCUGAGCCGCCUCGCCACGCCCCUUCGGCCGCAGGCCACGCCCCCUCCGCGACUGGCCACGCCCCCGACCCCGUUACCGUGGAGACGCAGGCGGUGCAGGAGCUGCUGGAGGAGGCACGGCAGAGCCGGGAGCAGCCCUGCAGCCCCCCCGGGCCCCCGCUCGCCAUCCCCCUGCGGCCCCCUGAGCGCGACAGCGGCACCAGGCAGCAGCCGGUGAGGGGGG